AUAGAGUCAGUUAGUUCCUGGUUAGUAGUCUUAAGUAACACACAAAUCAACUCUCCGGCAUACAUAUUGCAGUCUGCAGUUGUUGAGCCAAAAUGUUCGGUUUAUGUAAAAAUUCGGAUGGUGUUUUCAAAUUCGAAUACCGUCGCCAACUAUUUGCAUCAUUGUGUAUAACCAUUAUCGCAUUUUGCCAUGGCUUCGGCUUGGGCUGGUUCUCAGUGAUAUUGGCCAAGUUGCAAUCGCCCACCGAGACGGCGCUAGAUUUCGUCAUCACUGUGAAUGAGGGCUCAUGGAUUGGUGGCUUUUCGUCGUUGGGUGGUGGCGUUGGUAAUAUUGUGUAUGGUAUAUUGGUGGAUCUUAUCGGUAGAAAAGGGAGUAUUUAUUGCUUAGCUGUGCCAUAUAUAAUCUCUUGGAUACUUGUUUAUUUUGCGAGCUCUGUAGAUUUCCUCUAUGUGAGCCGCUUUUUGGCUGGUGUCACAGGCGGUGGCACUUACGUCGUUAUACCAAUAUUUAUUGGCGAAAUUGCGGAGCCGAAAAUCCGCGGUCGCCUAACCUCACUCUUCUCUCUAACCCUGAAUAGUGGCAUAUUCAUUGGUUACAUAAUCACCGCACGUGUGCCAUACCAUUUUAUACCGAUAUUCGGUAUAGCUAUACCUGUGAUUUAUGCAUUAUCGCAAAUCGUUUUCCCUGAAACGCCAAUGUUUCUGCUACAACGUGGUCUAGACAAACGCGCUAAGAAGUCAUUGAAAUUCUAUCGUAACCACAUAUCGACGACGAAGGAGAGCGUCACACAAUUUGAAAUCGAAUUUGAUAAGUUGAAGAAAGAUGUCACUAGUCAUCAGAAAAAUACGGAUAGUGUUACGUGGCGUGAUUUUUGUAAUAAGCCCGCAGUGAUUGCGUUUAGCAAAGGUUUCGUACUCAUGUGGCUCAAUGUGUUUUGCGGCGCUUAUGGCAUACUCUAUUACACUUCGAGCGUUUUUGUAGCCGCACGCACCGAAUUACAUCCCGAUACCAAUACCAUUAUUGUGGGCUUAGUACAGGUUACUGGCGUUUACACGGCGACAAUUUUGGUCGAUCGAUUCGGUCGUAAGCCUUUACUGAUAUUCUCCUGCGCAGCUACCGCCAUUGGUAUGGCCGUGUUUGGUCUAUAUGGUUUUCUGUUGGAAGAGACAACGGUGGAUUUGUCCGCUGUCAGCGCCUGGUUGCCUCUAGUGACUGUUUGUUUCAUUAUGUUUGUCUCCAAUUCGGGUCUAAUACCAAUACCGUUUGUAUUGCUUGUGGAAUUAAUGCCGCCGAAGAUCCGUGCGAGUGCAGCUGCCAUUUGUUUGGUGAUUUUUAAUAUUAUCGGUUUCCUUCUAAUGAAAAUGUUUCCCAUUUCAUUGGCUGCCUUUGGCUUGUACAUUCCCAUGUGGUUCUUUGCGAUCACAAGUGUAUUCGGGUUGGCCUUCAUUGCACUCUUCAUUAAGGAAACAAAGGGCAUGUCACUCAAUAAAGUCAACGCGGAGACGUGAAUUGCAUAGCGAAUGAAAUAUGUAGAUGCAUUUAUUGUUUAUGUUUAAAAUUUUAAAACUUUUAAAUGCAAAAUAAGAAUAGUAAUUAACAGUAAA